GACACCUCGGCAUUAUAUUAUCUAGUACAGCUCUCUAAUAAUAUACAAUACCCGCAAGCUCGAUCUACUUAUUAGCGGUGCUGAUUGGUCGUUCUCAUUACGAACAGAGUAAUUACACAUUAAACAUUCUGGAUGGAGUAACCUGAAAAAAAACUACAAAAGAUACUCAACGCACUAGUCCAUCAACAAUUAAAACCAAUCGACUUAUCAAUCAGAUCCUCGCGUUCAUUCCGUGACCAAGUGCCUUUAGGAUUUAUUGUAAUCAAUCAGUAAUCAGUUAUCAGUAAUAAAUUUAAUAGCUGCGCAUUUCAAUAUUUUUACUUUACUAUAAUAAUAAUAAGAUAAAAUUUUAUUUAAAAUGGGUGAUAUGCCAUUUUCUCAAAUGCCAUUGAAUUCCAAAUGGAAGCGAACUCAGCCGACGACAGUUUAUGAAAACAAUUACAAUUGUGGGAUUAAUUAUUAUCAGCCGAUGAUCGAUUACAUUGAUCAGAAAAAUCGUAAGAUUGUUAAAGAUCCCCAGUAUCCAGAAAUGCCAUGGGCUGAUGAACGGUUUUUGUGGGAACGGAAACGCGUAUUACCUUACACAGCUGACGAAUUAAUCCAACACGCCAUUGAGGCGGAAGAACAUGCCAAAGAUCAUCUGUCUCAUUUUAAGAUAGCAAAACGUUCGGACUUUAGUUUGAAAAAAGCUGUGGAAGCAACCCACGUAACAAAAGAAAUACUUCCGACGAAUAUCGAAGAGACAUCAAAAUCGAAAAGAAACGAACGCCCGAUACCGCUGGACGUGACAAUGGCCGAUUUGAUGGUGCAAACAGUAAGAAACAAUGAAAAAAUGAAACACGUUAAACAGGCAUUAGAGCACAGCGUACGUUUACGUGGUAAAUCCGCGAAAGCUAUUGAAUUCGAAUUGAGAGCUGAGUCGGCGAAAAAUUUAUCCGGCACGACAGAGCUAGCGGAUAUCAGAAAAUACCAACGGGAAACCAUGCAAGCAAUGUGGGAUGAGCGAGAUCACGUUAGAAUGAUGGAGGAUCGCACUAAAUUGUUGAAAGACGAAGAAAUGAGAUUGACUGCGCCUUUGGAUGAUUUGUCCCAGGAAUUAAAGGAACUCGAGAUAAAGUCUAGCAAUUAUUUUAUAGACAAGAGGUAG